ACAAAAACUUUAUGUAAUAAGAAAAGGUGGUCCACUUACCAAGGGUAAGUGGCACCCAAUACCCAAAAGCAAGCCAAAAACCUUCCUAUCUAUAUAAAUAAAACCCCCAUAAAUCAUUCCAUUGUUUUUCUCUUCUUUAAAGCUUGAAAACCAAAACCACAGCUCAAUUCCGGCACUUUCAACUUCACUUCAUGGAAGAGGCAAGUCCAAGGACGCGUCGUCGUCCGGAGCACAUUUCCCAACUUUCCCUCUCUAGAACGCAGCUGCCAGAGAGCCCUAGAGGUCCAAUGGAGUUCCUCUCGAGGUCAUGGAGUGUUUCAGCUCUCGAAGUGUCCAAAGCCCUUGCUCCUCCUCCUCCUCCUCCUCAUCAUCAUCAUUCAGUCAGUAGUAGUACGGCUGCCAAGUCUGCCAGCAGCUCUUCUUGCACUACCACUUCUAUACCUGAAGAUAUAAAUGGCGAGACUGAGGAGCUUGACAAGGCUGCUGCUGUUGCCAGUCAGUUCUCUUUCACUUCUGCUACUUCACAGCUCGUUCUUGAACGCAUCAUGUCACAAUCGGAGGUGUCACCGUUAACAUCAGGGAGGCUCUCACACAGCAGCGGACCUUUGAUUAAUGAUAGCCCUCCAGUUUCUCCAUCUGAGGAAUUCGACGACGUCGUUAAGUAUUUCCGUACCCACAACUCCAUACAACCUUUAUUCAAUGGUAGCCGCGCAAGUGCUGGUAAUGGAGUUAAUACACCCAGCGGGGCUAAGACAGUGGGAAGAUGGUUAAAAGAUAGAAAAGAGAAAAAGAAAGAAGAAACUAGAGCUCACAAUGCACAGCUUCACGCUGCUAUCUCAGUUGCUGCAGUUGCCUCGGCCAUAGCAGCCAUUGCAGCUGCCACUGUGGCUUCUUCUUCCACAUUGGGAAAAAAUGAACAGUCGACGAAGACCAACAUGGCUGUGGCGUCAGCAGCAACAUUAGUAGCUGCGCAAUGCGUGGAGGCUGCAGAAGCUAUGGGAGCUGAACGUGACCAUCUUGCUUCAGUUGUGAGCUCUGCUGUUAAUGUUCGUUCACAUGAUGAUAUCCUGACUCUUACAGCUGCUGCAGCUACAGCUCUGCGUGGGGCAGCAACCCUAAAGGCAAGAGCACUAAAGGAAGUAUGGAACAUUGCACCAGUCCUUCCAGCUGAGAAAACAAUCAGUGCUGGAUUUUGUGCUAAUGGCAAUAAUGGCCAUUCAAACCGCAACUAUAGUGGAGAACUUGCCCCUGGAGAGGAUUUCCUUGCUGCCUGUAGUCAAGAGCUCCUUGCUAAGGGUAGUGAACUUCUCAAAAGAACUCGGAAAGGUGACCUUCACUGGAAAGUUGUAUCUGUUUAUAUGAAAAAGACAGGCCAGGUGAUUUUGAAGAUGAAGAGCAAGCAUGUCGCUGGGACAUUCACCAAAAAGAAAAAGAAUGUGGUUUUGGAGGUGUGCAAGGACAUGCCAGCAUGGCCAGGGAGACAUCUAUUCGAUAGUGGAGAGCAGCGUCUUUACUUUGGAUUGAAGACUGAAACAAGAGGGAUCGUCGAGUUUGAGUGCAGGAGUCAGAGAGAAUACGAUAUGUGGACUCGAGGUGUCUCAAGGCUUCUGUCAAUUGUCGCUGAAAGAAAGCACAAGAAACAAAACUCAACUACCUGGUCCCUUGGCGGCAAUAAUUAGCUCAUCCGCUGCCAGACUUUAACUCGAUUGCUUCUAGGGGCUCAAUGCAAGCAAUUGGACGGUCCAUUCAGAGCGAGGCAAAUAUCUAAUUCCCUCAUGCAUACUGAACAUUUUUAGCUGGUGCAAUCAAAAUUCUGUGACUGACUAAUUUUUGUAUGGGGGAGAGGGUAUAUAACUAGUAGUUAUUGAUCUAUCAUAACAGUCGAACAUGUUUAAGAAUUAAGAUUGGGCUAUUUGCAUGCUUUAUUAUAGGUAUAUUUUGCUUCAGCUCGUUGUUACCCAUUUUAAAUCGUUUCUAUACAAAAGAAUUAGUAAAUUUCAAAUAAGAAACAGCAAGGUUACCGAAAACUCAAAAUUGUCCACAACUCACACGCACGGUCCCAAUGAAAGAAAUCAUGGGAACAAUAAAGAGCUUGAUAGAGAAAGAAAAUAGCUCCUACAUUAAAAAACCAUCCAACCCAAAAAAAGAAAUGCAGAUGACAUGGUUAUAUUAUCAUUGAAUAAUAGAGGCUUGAAAGCUAUAAAUACAGUCAAUAUCAAUUGAAUCAUUUCAAUCACUAUCUAUUUCCUUCGUUUGCCUUGCACGUUUAUUUCAUAGGAUAGAUAAUAGAUUGUGAUGAAGAGGAACGAAAAGACGAGUGAGCAAUGCCAAACCACCGGCUAAGCCAAGAGUAGCAGUAGCGUAUAAGGUUUUAAGGCAGAAAAUCCUAGACUGGAAAAACCCUAAUUAAUAUGAAUAAAAAUAAACUAACCACAUUUUUAUUUAAUUAGAUAUUGCAGAUCAACCUACAUUUACACAAGGAAAAUAAAGUCUGAAAGCGACCGUACCUGCUGCACUUUCCUCUCCAUCGUCACUCGUUCCAAAUGUGAAUGAUAGAUAUUCAAGGAAAACAACUGUAACCCCCAUUCUCUUACAGUCAAAACAGAAACUGAUCGAAAGCAUGAACAUUAAAUUUAGAUGUUCUAGAUCCCUUGUAGUCAUCACCACUGAAUAGAAGGAAAGAUUUUCCAGGAGGUGAGAUAA